AUGGGGACCAUGGCGGCGAACAUACGUGCAUGGGGGCAGAGUUCCAGGGCGACCGCCUCGAGUCACAGCACCACCAGCACCGGAAGAUCCUUCAGUAGGGGUGCCACCAACACCACCACCACCGUCACCACGGCCACCACCGCCACCACCACCACCACCACCACCACCACCGCCCCGACCUUCACCACCACCGCCACCAGCGCCACGACCUCCACCGCUGCCGCUGCGACCACCCUGGUUGCGCGGUUGCGUAGCAUUGAGGGAGCUGGAGGAGGAGGACUGAGGGGUGGUAAGGUUGAUAAUGGGGGUGCAGAGCUUGACCUCCGUGUCAAUGAUCCACUGGACCACGUCGUCGAGGCUGGCCAUGGGGUUUGCCUCAGUGAAGGCAUGGAGGCGGGACUCGUAGUCUAG